UUUUUUCGGGUCGCAUUCUGCUCCCGUGAGUUGUCGGUUGCGGAUAGCGGAUAUCGGUCGCGAUGCCUCCGCAGCCCUCUGGUAAAGCCGUGAAGAAGGCCGGCAAGGCCCAGAAAAAUGUGCGCGCCACGGAUAAGAAGAAGAAGAAGCGCCGCAGGAAGGAGAGCUUCUCCAUCUACAUUUACAAGGUGCUGAAGCAGGUGCACCCCGACACUGGAGUCUCCAGCAAGGCCAUGUCCAUCAUGAACAGCUUCGUGAACGAUAUCUUCGAGCGUAUCGCCGCGGAGUCGUCGCGUCUUGCUCACUACAACAAGCGCUCGACCAUCACGAGCCGGGAGAUCCAGACUGCCGUGCGCCUGCUGCUGCCCGGCGAGUUGGCGAAGCACGCGGUGUCCGAGGGCACCAAGGCCGUCACCAAGUACACCAGCUCUAAGUAGGCGUACCUCG